CUGACGGUAACAAGAUAGCGAGACAGUCCAGUCACCCUAGUGGACCAAACAAGCCGUAUCCUAUGGCUACAUUUGACCAGGGGACCCUAUAGGGUACCCUUUACUUCUUAGACCACCCUCUUUUGUCAAACACUACCCCCUUUUUUUCUCUUUUAUUUUUUCUUUCUUUUCCUCUUCUCCUAAUUAUUUUACCUCUUCUUCUCAACACUCAACCCUUUUUUUCAUUUCUCAUUUUUUUCCUUGACCCGGUGGUUGUGAUGCCACUAUGGCCGUUGAGCUCAUGAUGGGUGGUUACAGGAACGACAACAGCAGCAGCGGCGGCUUCGCCACUUCCAAGGCUGAAGAGAACGCCGUCCAAGAAGCGGCGUCUGGGUUAGAGAGCGUUGAGAAGCUCAUAAGGCUUCUCUCCCAGACUCAGCACCAACACUUUAACGGUUCUUCUUCUUCUGCCGUUAACUCUGACGCUACUUUAUCAAUCGAGAGAGAUUGCAAGGCCGUUGCUGACGUCGCCGUUUCGAAGUUCAAGAGAGUUAUCUCUCUCCUUGGCCGAACCAGAACCGGCCACGCGCGUUUCAGAAGAGGACCUCUUCACGCGCCUUCCCAAUCGCAGACUGAACCGUUUUCUCAAGAACACAGGGUCUUCCAUGCGACGCCUCUGCAGCAGAUCCCACCCCCUCCACCGCCACCGCCACCACCACCGCCACCACAACUACAGAGCCUCGUUAACCACCACCUGAUUCCCAAAAACGGCGUCCUUGAAAGGUCGUCUUCGUCUAAGACUAUCAACUUUUCGUACUCCUCUGCUGCUAAUUCGUUCUUAUCGUCUCUCACCGGCGACGCCGCCGCCGGUGAAUCCAAGCAGCAGCACCACCAGCAACAGCCCUCGUCGUCGUCGCCGGCACCGGCGUUUCAGAUCACGAACCUGUCGCAGGUUUCGUCUGCGGGGAAGCCACCUCUGUCUUCGUCUUCGCUGAAGAGGAAGUGCAGCUCGGAGAAUUUGGGUUCGGGGAAGUGUGGAAGCUCCUCUAGCCGCUGCCAUUGCUCCAAAAAGAGCCGGAAAAUGAGGUUGAAGAGGGUGGUGAGGGUGCCGGCGAUAAGCUUGAAGAUGGCUGAUAUUCCGCCGGAUGAUUACUCUUGGAGAAAAUAUGGUCAGAAACCUAUUAAAGGAUCCCCUCAUCCAAGGGGGUACUACAAGUGCAGCAGUGUAAGAGGGUGUCCAGCAAGGAAGCAUGUAGAGAGGGCUUUGGAUGAUCCAUCUAUGCUGGUAGUCACAUAUGAAGGAGAACAUAAUCACUCUCUCACUGCAGCUGAUGCUACUAAUCUCAUCCUAGAAUCCUCUUGAAAAGUCUUCAAUAUCAAAUCAUUUUCUUCUUGUCACAUGGUUUAUUUAUUAUAUUAGUACACACAAGUCAUUCAGAUAUUUAGAUCAAUGUUUUAUUUAUUUAAAUACUUUCCAAUGGUGGGGAGAAUGGUUGAUGAUGGCCUGUGGAAAUUGCAGCUUUGCUCAAGUGACAAAGUCCAGAGCUGUGGCUUCUUUUAGUCUUUGAAAAAGAAAAAGAAAUUAGUGGGUGUUCCAUUUCUCUGUACAA